AUGGGGGACACCGGGGGGCGGUGCCAGCUCCAGGUGCCCCUCGCCAGGUACGGGAAGCGCGUGGCCGACGUCAAGGAGUGCCGGGAGCACGCGGCGGCGCACAGCCCCCCAAAUUCCCCCUGUGCCCCCCAGCCGGCGCUGCACCGGGGCCGCCGCUCGUUCCUGCGCGGGGCCGUGCGGGAGCUGGCGGCGCUGCUGGAGGAUCAGCCCGGCCUGCUCGGACCCAAGGCCCUGCUGGUGUUCGUGGCGCUGUCGCUGUGUCGCGACGAGGUGAGCUGGCUGUCGCGACAUGCCGAGCACGUGACCAAGAGCAAGAACCCCGAGGACUUCAGCGACAGCCGCCUGGCGGAGCUGCUCUUCGCGCUGGAGCAGCUGCGGGCCCUGGUGCGGCGGCACCUGCGGCUCCUGCGCCGCUACCACCGGCACUACCUGGCCCGCUUCGACGCCCUCGUGCUCAGCGACGUCAUCCAGAACCUCUCGGUGUGCCCCGAGGAGGAGUCGGUGAUCCUCUCGUCCUUCGUCAGCUCCCUCUCGGCUCUGGCUGCCAAGGAAGUGGAUGAGCAGGAGCAGUUCGACUUCACCGCGCUGCGCCUGGACUGGUUCCGGCUCCAGGCCUACACGAGCGUGGCCAAGGCCGCGCUGCCGCUGAGCUCCAACGCUGACGUUGGCCGUGCCAUGAGCCUGGUGGUGUUCCACACGCGCCUGCUGGACCGGCCCGAGGAGCUGCUGGACGAGACCUCCGACCUGUCCCACCUCUGUUUCUACCCCCGUCCCCUGGAGCGGAUGUUCGCGCAGACGCUGGAACGAGCCGUCCAUGCUGCGUUUCGCCAUCGCCUUCCCCUGCUCUGCGCCCACUUCUCGCGCUGCCAGCACCCCAUGUGCCCCGAGGAGUACCCCCAGCUGGAUGCGGCGGCGCUGGGGCUGUGCCACAAGUUCCUGGAGGAGCUGGCGCGGGUGGGCAGCGGCUGCGUCCUGGACGCCUGCGCCGAGCAGCACAACCUGAGCCAGCAGCUCCUCCCCAAGCACUGUGCAGCCACCAUCAGCAGAGCCCGCGUCAAGAAAACCCCGAAGCAGCCGCCCCGCAAGGGGGACCCCCAAAGGGACAAACCGGGGACAGAGAGCCACCGGCGGGACCGGACCCUGACCACCAACAUGGACAAGCUGCACCUGACCCUGGCCGAGCUGUCCCUGAGCCUCAACCACGUCCCCAACUUCACCGUCUUUGGGCACACGGUGACACCGGCCGAGUACCUGAGCAGCCACCUGGAGGCGCGCCUGACCAAGGCCAUCGUGGCCAUGGCCGGGUACAGCCAGGCCUCGCAGGAGGUGGCGCGGCCCUCGGAGGUGCUGGCGGGGCUGGGCGCCUACAUGGGGCUGGUGCAGCGCCUGGGACACCUGGUGGCCCUGGACACGGCGCGGCUGCUGCGGACGGUGCUGCUGCAGCAGAGCCACCCCGCGACGGCAGCGGGCAGCGGGCAGCCCACGCUGACCGCCAUCUACACCGACUGGUACCUGGAGGCGCUGCUGCGCCAGGCCAGCACCGGGGCCGUGCUCCUGUCCCCGGCCCUCCAGGCCUUCACCACGGUGCCCCGCGAGGAGCAGCCCCCGUUCAGCGCCGCCGAGUUCUCCGACGUCUCAGAGAUGCGGGCGCUGGCCGAGCUCAUCGGGCCCUACGGGAUGAGGUUCCUGAGCGAGAACCUGAUGUGGCACGUGGGGUCCCAGGUGGCAGAGCUGAAGAAGCUGGUGGUGGAGAACAUGGACACGCUGGUGCAGCUGCGCUGCUGCCGGGCCGAGCAGAGGCCGGCGCUGCUGCCCCGCCUGAGCUCGGCCGAGAACGUCCUGAAGCGCAUGACCAUCAUCGGGGAGAUCCUGAGCUUCCGCGCCAUGGCCCAGCAGGGCCUGCGGGAGGUGUUCUCCCAGCACUGCCCGUUCCUGAUGGGCCCCAUCGAGUGCCUGGCGGACGUGGUGACCCCGGACACCGACAUCCAGGUCACCCUGAGCAUCUUCGAGCUGGCCUCGGCCGCGGGGGUCCCGUGCGAGGUGGACCCGGCGCUGGUCACGGCCCUGGCGGGGCACAGGACAGAGGCCGUGUCCCCCGAGGAGGAUUACAAGGUGUCCUGCCUGCUCCUGGUGUUCGUGGCCGUGUCCCUGCCCCUGCUGGCCGCUGACCCCGCGUCCCUCUACAACCCCGAGCUGGACGGCCACAACAACAACGUGCACUGCCUGGCCAAGGCAAUCGUGCAGCUCUCGGCCGCGCUCUUCACCGUGCACGGCAAGAACAUCGAGACGCACCUCAAGGAGUUCCUGCUGCUGGCCUCCAGCAGCCUCCUGCAGCUGGCCCAGGAGCCGGACAAGGCGCGGCUGCGGAACCAGGACUCGAUCGUGCUGCUGCUGCACCUGAUCGUGGCCGAGUCGUCCUUCCUGACGCUGGACAUGCUGGAGAGCUGCUUCCCGUACGUGCUGCUGCGCAACGCCUUCCGCCAGGUGUGCCGGGAGCCCCCCGGCCGGGCCCCCAGCACUGACCGGGACCCCCGGGACCCCCGGCCGGAGCCCCCAGCACUGAGCAGGACCCCUGUCCGAGCAGCAUCGGGACCCCCCUCGUUCCACCCCCGAGAUCCCCGCCCGAUCCUCAUGCCCCAAAUGGAGGUGCGGAACGACCCCGGAGCGACCCCCCCCGCGCCCCCCCCGCGCUCCCCAGGGGCUCGGCCGCCCCCUCCCCGCUCCCGGCACGGCUUUAAUUCCCUUUAA